GCUGAUUUGAAUUUUCUUCAACAUGGAAGUGAUACAACCCACCGCAAAAUUAAUGCAAGGUUUGCAAUUCGCUGCCAGUAAACACCGCAUGCAACGUCGCAAGGAUAAUGAGACUCCCUACAUCAAUCAUCCCAUCAAUGUGGCUACCAUACUGGCCGUAGAAGGUGGCAUUUCCGAUGAAACUGUACUAAUUGCAGCACUUUUACACGAUACAGUCGAGGAUACCGAUACCACAUUUGAGGAAAUUGAGAUACAAUUUGGUGCCGACAUUUGUAGCAUUGUGCGAGAGGUCACCGAUGAUAAGUCAUUGGAGAAACAGGAACGCAAGCGUUUGCAAAUCAAACAUGCGGCAACGUCAAGCAGCAAGGCGAAAUUGGUGAAGCUUGCAGAUAAAUUGGAUAAUUUAAGAGAUUUGGGCAGGAAGCCGCCUAUUGGUUGGUCGGUGGAGCGCCAAGAGCAAUAUUAUGUUUGGGCCAAGAAAGUAGUGGAUAAUAUGCGUGGCACGAAUGCUGAGUUGGAGCAGAAAUUGGAUGAUAUUUUUAGGCAGAAAAUUUUACUUUAAAGUUAAUUUCUUGUUGGAAAUAAAAAAAAAUGCUGCAUUAAAUAAAAGCGCGACGUCCGUUGUUUUUAAAGCUUAAUUUGAUAAAUAUGUACAUGUAUAUAUAUGUGCUGUUCGUUAUAAGUACAGAAAACCUUAACGACAUUGUUUACGAAAUUGGUAACGAAAUUAAGGCUUGAACUUUUGUCUAAAACUCCUGAAAAUACCAUUCCGGCAUCUUGAUCCUAAGGUCACUUAUAUUUAUUUUUUGAACGGAAAAGACUGAUUUUUGGCUAAAUUUUUUUUUCAAUAGCAUAAUUUUUCAGUAUUUUUUUAUUGCUUAAUAAAUGACUCUGAGUCAAGGUGCAGGGAUGGUAUUCUCAGGGAUAGUAGCCGAGAGUUUUAGCUUUGAUUUAGGCCUAAGUGAAAGGUUCUGUCACUAUUUGUUUCUUUGCUGGAGCUUCUCAAAUAUUGCAAAAAACGCGAUUUUUUGACACUUUGACCAAGUUUUUGUCAAGAUCUGAAGCUGAUGGAAGCCUUAUACCUAAGGAUUCGUAAUCAGCACAAAAAAGUCUAUCAAAAACAGGUUCAAACAUUUGUCUCAUCAUAAUCAGUGUUGCCCUGUGUAAUCAUAAAGAAGAGUAUCGGAUAAUUAUGUUAAGAAACA